AUGUCCGUAAGCUCGAAACCAGAGUCACCACCACUUUGUAGCGAAAAUAAUAAAGUCAAAGUUGUGUUCGAUUAUUCCUACUUCUCUAAACAUGAUAAUAAGACGUUAGAUUUUAAAACUGGGGAAGAGUAUUAUUUGAUAAAAAAGACAAGCGAUAAUUGGUUUUUUGUGAAGAAAAAUAUUUGUGACCCAGUUGGCGUUUAUGUUCCAAGGUUAUGUGUGGCUGAGCUGACAGAACCAAAGCCAGUAAAAAAUCUGGUGAGACUUCCAUCGACUGAUGCAAGUAAAAAGAAAAUUGUGCCCUUACCAAGACCAAAACUUCACAGCAAGAAUUCAAAUGAAGAAAAAGAAACAAAGCCUGCAUUAUCAAAGGUAGCACUUGAGGAGCUGAAUGAUAUCAUCAGUGAGAUUGGCGUGCCAGAACAUUUUAAAGAUGAUGUCCAGACGACAACUGCAAAUGAUGUCUUUUUCCCAGAGAAUCAGGUGGCAGCAAACAAGUGCCUCUUGUCAGAAACACAGUCGUCUGGCUCACCCAGCACGUCACCUGUUGAUUCCUCGAACGACAAAAUGACCACAUCAGGUGCAGCCUUAAAGUCCAGUUCUGACGACAUAAGUUCAGAUAAGAAUCUUGUUCUCAUGUCAACAUCAUUCAUCGGCAACCAACAAAACGAAGAAGAAACAAAAGUUGACAGCGAAACGAGUGACUACAAAACUGAUUCCAGAGAAAGCCUUAGAAGUGAUGGUCAGUUGUUGAUAGACAAUGAAGAAGUCGAUAGUGAUGUCAAGCCUCUGCCAAUUUCUGUAAAAGAUAACAAGGGAGAUCUAACAAAGUCGAGCCUGAACAACAACAUUCCAAUGGCAACAAACACUAUCCAAUCUGAUGAUCAUUCCUUGAAAAGAACGCCGAGUACCUCUUCACAUUCUCCAUCUCCUCAGCUGUCAUCAAUCAUACCCCGCCCACAAUUACUGUCAACAACAGCAACAACGAUGACAUCAUUAGUGAAACCAGCGUCUGAGGAUGAGUUGGAUGCUAAUUGCCUGGAAUACACCAAUGCAUCUUCAUUCAUGAAGAAUAAAAAGGCUACUGAGACUGAGCCCCAGUUGGCAAAAGUGGACAACAGCAGCGAGAAACUCCGAAAGAUGCGCAACCAAUCAAUGGAGGAUUAUGCAAACCUCGGGGAGAUUCAAAAGGUCAUUCACGGCAUGCCUCGUCCUCCAUUGGCUGAAAACUUAAUGCCUGCCGGCUACGUGAAACCUUAUUCUCAGGAGAAGGCAGUGCUGAACGAUGCGGGCAUUGUUAAAGGGGCCAUCAACGUGGACAGUAAGCAUGAGCUGGUUGAGAAGAAAGGCAUGCUGAAUAAAGCAAAAGUUGAAGAAAGUUCAAUAAGCAAGAAGAUAAAAAGAUCCUGGUCUCAAUCAUUUGUCAUCCUACAGCACGGAUCGUUGUCCUUCUACAAAGACACCAAAGGGGCUUCUGUUCUCAGUAAGGUCAGAUUAGGUCAUAGUGAGGUCAUAGGUCAUAAUGAGAAAUCAUCAAUGUCCUCUCUGGGCAAACCAGAGUUUGAGAUCGUUUUGAAAGGAGUGAAGCUGACAUCAGCUCCUGAGGACAAGAAUUUGAAGAAGGAUGCGUUCAUGCGUCUGAGAUUUUUGACCGAUUGCAUCUUCCAUUCCUUCCGUCUGCCUGCUGUUCCUAUUGUGAUCACUUGUUGCACACUUUGA